CAGGGAGGGAACCCUGAUGUGUUCAGUCACAAAGUUCAGACUCCAUUUUGAGUCACGGAGCAGAAGGAGAGAAGCUGAGGCAGGAUCAGAAGAUGAGUGGUUGUGAGGAGGAAGAGGAGGACAGAGCAGAGUCUCUCGUCUGUCUGUCUAUGAAGAGUGAUCGCUCCAGACAUGAACCUCUGUUCUUCAGUAAAGAACCUGGACCAUCAGACACACAAGUUCAGUCCAGAAGGAGAGCAGAGUCUCCAGGAUCCGUCUGUCUGUCUAUGAAGAGUGAUCAGUCCAAACAUGAACCUCUGACCUUCAGUAAAGAACCUGGACCCUCAGACACACAACUGAACGCUGAAGAGACUCAUGACUGUGAGGAGGAGCUGAAGUCCAGAUCCAGAACCAGAGCUGGACUGCAGACAGCCAGUGAGACCAGAAGUGUCCAAAGAGAUGGUGGUCUGCAGGAGGUUUUAGAUGAACAUAAGAUCAGUCUGAAGAAGAGAUGUGAAUGUGUGACUGAAGGAAGUGAUGAAACAGGAAGUGGAACCCUCCUCAACAGGAUCUAUACUGAGCUCUACAUCACAGAGGGACAGAGUGAAGAGGUUAAUACCCAACAUGAGGUGAGGCAGCUUGAGACAGCUUCCAAGAAGAAGACCCUCCAUGACACUCCGAUCAGGUGCCACGACAUCUUUAAAGCCUCAGCUGACCAACAGAGACGCAUCAGAGUCGUUCUGACGAACGGCGUCGCCGGCGUUGGAAAAACCUUCUCGGUGCAGAAGUUCACUCUGGACUGGGCCGAGGGUUUGGAGAACCAAGAUGUCAGUCUGGUGGUUCUGCUUUCGUUCAGGGAGCUGAACUUGAUCAAAGAUGAGCAGUACAGUCUUCUCCAGCUGAUCCAUGUUUUCCAUCCAACAUUACAGAAGGUCCCAGCAGAGAAGCUCUCUGUCUGUAAAGUUGUGUUCAUCUUUGAUGGUCUGGAUGAAACCAGACUUUCAUUGGAUUUCAUCAACAAUGAGGUCAUGUCUGAUGUCACACAGAAGGCAUCGGUCAACGUGCUGCUGACGAACCUCAUCGAGGGAAAUCUGCUUCCAUCGGCUCUCGUCUGGAUAACUUCCAGACCUGCAGCAGCCAAUCAGAUCCCUCCUACACGUGUUGACAGGGUAACAGAAGUACGAGGCUUCACCGACCCCCAGAAGGAUGAGUACUUCAGGAGGAGGUUCAGUGAUGAAGAGCUGUCCAGCAGAAUCAUCUCACACAUCAAGACGACAUCCAGGAGCCUCCACAUCAUGUGUCUAAUCCCAGUCUUCUGCUGGAUCACUGCUACAGUUCUGGACCACAUGUGGACUACAGACCAGAGAGGAGAGCUGCCCAAGACCCUGACUGACAUGUACUCUCACUUCCUGCUGGUCCAGACAAAGAGGAAGAAGCAGAAGUACCAUGAAGGACAUGAGACGAGUCCUCAGGAGCUGACGGAGGCUGACAGGGAAGUUCUUCUGAAGCUGGGGAGGCUGGCGUUUGAACAUCUGGAGAAAGGAAACAUCAUGUUCUACCAAGAAGACCUGGAGCAGUGUGGUCUUGAUGUCACGGAGGCCUCGGUGUUCUCAGGAGUUUGUACAGAGAUCUUCAAAAGAGAGAGUGUGAUCUUCCAGAAAUCUGUCUACUGCUUUGUUCAUCUGAGUGUUCAAGAGUUUCUGGCUGCAGUCUACAUGUUCCACUGUUUCACAAACAGGAAGACAGAGGUACUGAAGGACUUCAUGGGAGAAGAGGUACUGAAGGACUUCAUGGGAGAAGACUACAAGUAUUCAUCUCUGGACGACUUCCUGCAGAGAGCCAUGGAGAAAUCCCUUGAAAGUGAAAAUGGCCACCUGGACCUGUUUGUCCGCUUCCUUCAUGGCCUCUCUCUGGAGUCCAACCAGAGACUCUUAGGGGGCCUGCUGGGUCAGACAGACAACAGUCCAAAGACCAUCCAGAGAGCCAUCAACAACCUGAAGGAGAUGAACAGUUAUGAAAUCUCUCCUGACAGAAGCAUCAAUAUCUUCCACUGUCUGAUGGAGAUGAACAACCUCUCAGUACAUCAGGAGAUCCAAGAGUUCCUGAAGUCAAAGAACAGACCAGAGAAGGAACUCUCAGAGAUCCACUGCUCAGCUCUGUCCUACAUGCUGCAGAUGUCAGAGGAGGUUCUGGAUGAGUUGGACCUGAAGAAGUACAACACAUCAAAGGAGGGAAAACGGAAACUGAUUCCAGCUGUGAGGAACUGCAGAAAGGCUCAGUAAGUCCAGAUGUGAUUAACUUUAUGAAUCAGUGUAGAUCAGUAGUUUAGUUCUUCAAAUAUACAAACUAUAAAAUUCAUAUUAUUAUUUAAAUAGUGUUCCAGUUGUUUAAUACAAAAUUAUAAUUCAGUUAUAUUUCAUCACAGAGUGAAAUCAUGUUUCAGUUUCAGUUGUGUUUUCACUGUGAAGUUAAUGAACUUUUAUAUUGAUAUAAUUCUUCCUCUGUUCAUCUUGCUUUGAGUGAUGGAGGCACAUGCAAACCUGCUGAAACAAAUGAAGGACUUUAGAGGUUGUGUUUGAGCUUUUAUCACAACAUGUAGCAGUAUUUUACAGUCAUCACUUCAUGUACUUUAGGUAUUAAUACAUGUCUGACAUCAUCACACUGACAGGUAACACCUGAUUAUUUUAACUCAAGAGUUUAAAUAAGAUCUGGAUCAGGCCACACCCCCUUCUUAAAAUACGGACUUCAACAACAAGGACUAAGCAGCGAUAGUUAUUUCAGCCGUGAUUGAUGAAACGUUGUCUACUCAGAGGAAUCCCCUCCUCCUCCUCUCCGGGGCGUUGAGAGCGAGUGACGCUAAUAAACACAAAUGAUCCAGAAAUUAAACUCCCACGAGUAAAAGAACACAGUAUUACAAUGAAUGACAGAGUUCUUUAAGUUAACAUUUAAUUCUUGGCCCCCCUGAAGGUUCCUGUCUGGUCUUCCUGAAUGGAACAUCAGUCAGGAAGUAUCUUUAACAGUUUCCAUUGUUGCAUCAUCUGUUUCUUAUUCUGACUCUCAUCAGGAUUACAUUAAACCAAGAUUAUCUGAUUUACUCAUCUUUACUAUUCAGUGGGUAUAGAAGCACAUACGAUUACAUAUUGAUAUAUGAAAGAAAAUCUCUUAAAGGUUAUCAUCAAUAAACCACAGAACUGACUUUAGGGCCUCACUUCCUGCUCUCGCUCUGCUGGAGGUGGAGGUGUGAGAUAAUAUCAGAGUUAGUGCUGGCCGGUAUACCGGUUUUAAUUUCCCGUAUGAUAUGAAUUUUUCACACACAUC